UUCUUUUCCCCUCUUCAGUUUAUAUAUUUUUCUCUGUGGUUGCCAUCUCUCUCCAAUCACUUUCCUUUUCCCCAAAGCCAGAGACUCUCUCUUUUGCUCCAGACAAAUUGAUCACCACACACAGUCACAGAUUAACAAUUCAAAGUUUUCCUUCUGGCCUUCUCCCUUGGCUCGCUGGCAGUUGCAGUUGGGCCCUUUUAUUUCCAAUGCAGCUGCCCCUUUUAACAACCAGUCAAUCGCCGUCUUCUGGAGAUUCAGCUUAGUUGAAGAGGGAGUCAAUUCAAUUCAAACGAGGCCUCGGGUCUUCCUCCUCUUCUUCUUCUUCCUCACACGGUUUUUUUCGUGUUUGCUUGAAGAGCUUGUUACGGGAGAGGAAGAAUGCUGAGGUGUUGGACGGCGGCGCUUCAAUUGACGGAGCUGUUCGUGAGCUCCUUGGUCCAUAUGCUUUAUGGGUUCUACAUAUUCAGCUCCGCGGUGGCCGGCGAUCUCUCUCAGGGUUUGAGUGAUUGGUUUUUCAAGCCGAACGCGGACUUCGCCGUGAAGAGAGAACAGACAGCGUGUUCUGCCAGUCGCACUAGCGUCGAAGACCUCCCUCCGAUUGUGUUGGUUCAUGGGAUUUUCGGAUUUGGCAAAGGGAGAUUGGGAGGUUUAUCGUAUUUUGCAGGGGCAGAGAAUAAAUAUGAGAGGGUUCUUGUCCCUGAUUUGGGCUCUCUAACCAGCAUAUAUGAUAGGGCAAGGGAACUGUUCUAUUAUUUGAAAGGAGGGCAAGUUGAUUAUGGUGAAGAACACAGCAAAGCUUGUGGGCAUUCCCAAUUCGGGAGGACAUAUGAACAAGGUUACAACACACCUCCCUUUUUGUUUUGUUGUGCCUGUCAAGUGAGUUGGAUUUUCCCCCCAAAUCUGAGGAUUACUAGCCAUACCUAGAUAGCAGAACAGCGAGCUGUUGCUGGGUAAGAUGCACAGCAGGAUAUGUUUCUUACAUCUGUGGAGGAAGAUAUGAUUUCAUGCUUCAUGUCUUGAGAUGUGUAUCAGUAUAUGUAGUCUUGUAGAACCUGAUAUGGAUUGAGUAAUCUCUUUGAAUUGAAGUUAGGAUGGACAAGAGAGAGUACUAAAGUUGAAAUGGUUGCAUUGACCCAGGAGUGUAUGGCAGGACUGUAGAUAGAAUACAGCUUUGUUUCAGCAGUGUGUAGAUUGGAAUCUCCUUUGUUUGAUUAUCAUUUCUGUCUGCCACUGUUUGAAAAUGCAGACACUCAGUUGUUUCUUUGUGUUGAAUCUUUUGUUAAGCUAAUAAUAUAACAUCUCCAUUAUUAAAAAAAAUCUGGUCAAUUAUGUAGUAUUUUUGUCGGAGGAGGGCUUGGUUUCAUGUAUUGGGUUCUUGUUAUUGCAGGGAACUACCCUGAAUGGGAUGAAGAUCACCCGAUUCAUUUUGUUGGUCAUUCUGCUGGAGCUCAGGUUGUUCGAGUUCUUCAACAAAUGCUUGCUGACAAGGCUUUCAAGGGUUAUGAGAAUACUUCUGAGAAUUGGGUGUUGAGCAUUACAUCCUUAUCAGGUGCAUUUAAUGGAACUACGAGAACUUACUUGGAUGGCAUGCAUCCUGAAGAUUGGAAGAGCUUGAAACCAAUAUCUCUGCUUCAAAUCUGUCGCCUUGGUGUCAUUGUCUAUGACUGGCUUGACCUAGCUUGGCUGAAGGAAUAUUACAACUUUGGGUUUGAUCACUUCAACAUGUCAUGGAAGAAAAAAGGAAUUUCCGGUUUGGUAGACUGCCUGUUAGGGAAUGUUGGUCCAUUUGCUUCAGGCGAUUGGAUACUCCCCGAUCUCACUAUCCAAGGGUCUGUCGAACUCAACUCCCAUUUACAUACAUUCCCCAACACGUACUAUUUCAGCUAUGCAACCAAGCGUACAAGGAAAAUCAUGGGUGUGACAGUACCUUCCAGCAUCCUUGGUGUCCAUCCCCUGCUUCUCAUCAGAGUUCUUCAGAUGAGCCAGUGGCGCCAUCCUUCGGAUGUUGCUCCUCCUUUUAAAGGAUAUAGAGACGAGGACUGGCAGGACAACGAUGGCGCCAUCAACACCAUAUCCAUGACACACCCUCGAUUCCCAGUCGAGCAUCCUAGCCAUUUCAUUCAAGAUGAUUCCCAGUGUCAGUCCUUACAACCGGGAAUCUGGUACUACAAGGUUGUGGAGGGGGAUCACAUAUUGUUCAUAAUAAACAGAGAGAGAGCAGGAGUCGAAUUCGAUUUGAUGUACGACAGCAUUUUUGAACGGUGCAGAAAGCAUGUAUUUAAGAGGAAUCCACAGAUGUUGCCAAAUGAAGCACAACAUUGACUGGAGAGAUGCCCCUUUCUUUCUUACUUCUCCAUUUCUGGUUUUUUGUUUACCUUCCAUUACCCGCAGCAAUAUAUAUAGUGAAAGAAAGAGCUAAUCUAGGAAAGAAAGUGCAGAACAGCAGAAGAUAGAGGGGAGAAAGAAUAUUGCAGUGCUGCUAUUUACUUCUUUGACCCUCUUCUCCUUUUCCCCAAUUGUCCUACGUUGUACAAACGAUCUUCUAAAGGGGUUUACACAAUAUUCAAUCAAAUCUUCUUCUGCAGCUCCAGCAUUUUAGAUCUUCUAAAAGGGGUUUACACAAUAUUCAAUCAAAUCAGAUAAGGUGACUAAGCCCUACGCAGUUUGCAAGAAAUCAAAAUGAAGAUAGCGAGAUAAGAUGAUAUGCAGUCGUGUAUAUGAUACAUAAUUACAGAUUACAGAGAAAUUGAUUGUGCGCAAGUAUGGUAAUGGAGAUGAGGUGGGGGUUUGAACUCAUCCCCACUACUUUCUUUGCGGAUAAUACUCUAUACUCGUUGUAUUGUCCUAUCAAUAUGAAAAUUCACUUCGAAAUUA